GCAUACAAUCCGCCACCGGCUACUCAAACGUACUAUCAGCCGCCUGCUCCUCAAGCGUACAAUCCGCCACCGGCUACUCAAACGUACAAUCCGCCACCCGCUCCUCAAGCGUACAAUCCGCCACCGGCUACUCAAACGUACAAUCCACCACCCACUCCUCAGGCGUACAAUCCGUCACCGGCUACUCAGACGUACAAUCCACCACCCGCUCCUCAGGCGCACAAUCCGUCACCGGCUACUCAGACGUACAAUCCACCACCUGCUCCUCAGGCGUACAAUCCGCCACCGGCUACUCAAACGUACAAUCCACCGCCCGGUCUUCAGGCAUACAAUCCGCUAUCGUCUACUCAGACGUACUACCCAUCUCCCGCUCUUCAGGCAUACAAUCCGCCACCGGCUACUCAGACGUACUACCCGUCUCCCGCUCUUCAGGCAUACAAUCCGCCACCGGCUACUCAGACGUACUAUCAGCCGCCUGCUCCUCAAGCGUACAAUCCGCCACCGGCUACUCAAACGUACAAUCCACCACUCGCUCCUCAGGCGUACAAUCCGUCACCGGCUACUCAGACGUACAAUCCACCACCUGCUCUUCAGACGUACAAUCCACCACCCGCUCCUCAGGCGUAUAUUCCGCCAAUCCGGUUCAAGCUGACGAACGGUUUUAAAUAA